UCUCUCUCCCUUUUGUACAUCCUCCCCCCUCCUGUCUCUGCAGCAAUGUCACAACCAACUUCGAACGCGGCAUUAGGAUUAAGUCAGUCACCUGCACUCGCGUCUGGAUUCCAGUUCCCGUCUAUCCACAACUUUCCGCCAUUCUACACGUUACAACCGACGGCAUCGACAUGGAAGAACCAGGCAGAUCUGUGGGCGACGAUCAUAAUGCGGUACUACCGGCACCAUCGCCUCUAUCAGCUCGAUUUGGAUGAUUCUCUCUCAAAUGAACAGUUGUUUCAUAACCAAAAAAUCAAUCGAAAACUCAAGCCAGAGACGAUUCAGGCGAUUGUGGACGAGAUGGUAAAGAAAGGAGACGCUGAGUGGGAUGCAACUUCACGGAAGCGGCGCGCGAUUAUUUACUGGCGGAAACCAGAAGACUGGGCUGCGCUCAUCUCCUCUUGGGUGUUCGAGUCGGGCAUGAACAACUCAAUCCUGACAUUCUACGAAAUCGCGCACGGUGAGAAUUCUGAGGACCAAGAGUUCUACAACAUCCAUCCGACAGUUCUUCAAAAGACCAUGGAUGUGCUUGUCAAGCGCGGCAUCGCUGCUACCUUUCAGGGCGCGUCCUUUGAUGAAAUGGGUGUCAAGUUCUUUAACGCCGGCGCCGCAUAGCCUCUGCAGACUCGAUGUGAACAGAGGAAGGGAUCCAUAGCCAUAGAACAUUGGAGCAUCAUGAGAGGGAAGCAUGGACAUGGAUCGCAAGAGCUAUCUUUGCGAUGGUAGUUUCAAUAUAGACUUUAUCCGAUAACCACCCACCACCAGCGUCACUGCCAACACGGUCAUCAAUUUCCGUUCGUGAAGGGAUCACCACAAAAAUAAAGAAAAAAAAUCCCGUUGCGGAUCAAACCCA